GUAUAUAAACCCAGUCAGAGUGGAGAGGAAACAAGUGCAAGAUCAGAGAGAAAGACUCACAUAGAUUGAUAUGGAGAAAGCACUCAACAGGCAGCAAGUUUUGCUUCAUCAUUUACGACCCUCUUCUUCUCAUGAAUCUGCUGCUACUCUCUCUCCAUCAAAUUGUGCGGCUGGGGAUACCGCUGCUUAUCACCGGACGGCUGCUUUCGGGGAUGAUGUUGUGAUUGUAGCGGCUUGCCGCACUGCAAUAUGCAAGGCAAAACGUGGAGGCUUCAAGGAUACACUUGCAGAUGAUUUACUUGCGUCUGUUUUGAAGGCUUUGAUAGAUAGAACUAAGCUGAACCCAAGUGAAGUUUCUGAUAUAGUUGUCGGUACAGUUUUGGCACCUGGCUCGCAAAGAGGAAUCGAGUGUAGGAUGGCAGCUUACUAUGCUGGUUUCCCUGAUAAGGUGCCUAUUAGAACUGUCAACAGGCAAUGCUCAUCUGGCCUACAAGCAGUUGCCGAUGUUGCUGCUUUUAUAAAAGCAGGAUUUUAUGAUAUAGGCAUUGGUGCUGGAUUGGAGAGCAUGACAAUUGACAAAGUUGUUCCUGGGGUUCCCAAAGUUAACCCAAAGACAGAGGCCUUUAUCCGAGCCCGGGAUUGCCUUCUUCCUAUGGGCGUUACUUCUGAAAAUGUUGCAGAGCGCUAUGGUGUGACACGGCAAGAGCAAGAUGAGGCUGCUGUUGAAUCUCAUAGGCGUGCUGCUGCCGCAACAGCCACUGGUAAAUUCAAAGAUGAAAUUGUCCCUGUAUUUACUAAGGUUGUGGAUCCCAAAACUGGAGAAGAGAAGCCAGCUACAAUUUCGGUGGACGAUGGAAUCCGCCCAAACACAAACAUGGCUGAUCUAGCAAAGUUGAAGCCGGCAUUUAAAAAGAAUGGGUCCACAACUGCUGGAAACGCAAGCCAAGUAAGUGAUGGUGCAGGAGCAGUCCUCCUUAUGAAGAGAAGUUUGGCUAUGCAGAAAGGACUUCCAAUACUUGGUGUUUUCAGAAGUUUUGCUGCUGUUGGUGUGGAUCCUGCUGUGAUGGGCAUUGGCCCUGCUGUUGCUAUACCAGCUGCAGUCAAGUCUGCAGGUCUUGAGCUUGAUGAUAUAGACCUGUUUGAGAUCAAUGAGGCAUUUGCAUCUCAGUAUGUAUACUCUUGCAAGAAGUUGGGGCUAGAUCGUGAAAAGGUAAACGUUAAUGGAGGUGCAAUAGCCCUUGGGCAUCCUUUGGGUGCUACAGGUGCUCGCUGUGUCGGAACACUAUUGUACGAGAUGAAGCGUCGUGGUAAGGACUGUCGCUUCGGAGUGAUCUCGAUGUGCAUAGGCAGUGGAAUGGGGGCUGCUGCUGUUCUUGAAAGAGGGGACUGCAUUGAUGAACUCUGCAAUGCUCGAGCUGACAAAAGUAACGGGCUUCUUUCCAAGGAUGCUCAAUAGAUAUGUGUUUGUUGGUAUCUUAAAUGUUUGCUUUUUGUAUUCAAUAGAACUUUCAAUAUUCCAAGCAAGUAGUCAAAUAAUUAAGCCGAUUUCAAGAUUCUUGGAAUGAUUUUAUUCAAAUAUACUUGUUCAUGUUUGCCUAUUAGCCAGAGAUAAUUCUGAAAAAUGCAUAAGCUAGCAUAUGACCAUACUAAGCACAUUUGUAAAAUGCUUUAGGUGAACUAAGUUAUGCUUAUU